GUGUUGUGAACUACAGAACUGCCAGGUGCCAAUAUUUCUUUGUUUUAGCCCGACUGACACUUCCUGUCAAUUAGCUUCUUAAUGUCUGUCAUGCACAUAAUGUGUACAUGUUGAGGAUGGAUGAAUAUUGCCUCUAAAUGAGACAUUGCUGCAAUAAGCUGGUCUGGGUGACCGUUGUGUUCUUGGCAACUAGCAGGGUCCACAGGAACUGGCACGGGGGAACGUUAUUGGUCCGCUGGUCCACAGAUCCACAUAUUACAAUACAUCUUAGGAGAGAUUGCUGAUCCAAUGUUCCUCUACAAUAUUGUCUGUUUUCCCAGGAGCGGGUGUAACACCAUCCAUCUUCCUAAUGCUCCCUAGUUUUAAAAGACGAGAGGACAGUCGUGUCCAAAUGGGUAUUUGGAUUGACCAGAGGCACCGUUGUCUCUUUUUCCUCCUGAGGUUUGACAUGUUUUUGACAUGUUUCUCGAUGGAGGUAUUCGUCCUGCUGUUUCGAUCAUGGUAGUGGUGAUGACUAAUGGCUCCUUCUUGCUGUUUGAAAUGUCCCUCAGGUAAGAGUGUUUUUAAACCAUGUAACAUGGCCAGGGCAAAGCAUUUUGGGUUAAAAAAAGAAGUAAUACACUGUUCCAUAAGUGUGUGAUUUAUUAUUGAGUAUUUUACAAUUCCGCAGUGGUUAUUUUCUCAAAAUAUCGAAAGUGAAACCCCCCAUUCUUUUCCACAAUGAGUCUAUACUUCAUGGUGGUCUAUUGCAUUCCUAUAAUAUUUCCACAAGGGGUUUGGCUAAUGUUGCUCUGGUAUGUAGUCUCAUAUUCUGUAUUUCAGGGUUAAUCAUCUGCUGUCAUCGAGCCUGGAGGACAGGCUAUUCAUCAUCAUAUCUCUCAUAAGAUUCCGGGUUGGGUUUGGAUCUCACCUGCGUUCUGACUAAUACGCCGCUCUACUUGUGUCAGCAAACUACGACUCCCAGCAUUCAACGCGGGGGCAGCCAUGGAAGCGGCGCUCGGCUCGCUCGGAGCUGCAGCUGCUCCUCCACAGCGGGUUGAAACAGGCUGAAAACACAGCGGAGCAUUUCUUCUCACGGUUAAUAUUUCAGCAUGGGCAAUGGCAUCAAUAAGGUCCUCCCUGACUUGUACUUGGGGAAUUUCAAAGAUGCCAAAGACCGAGAACAAUUAGCCAAAAACAACAUCACACACAUCCUGUCCAUUCAUGACAGUGCUGCUCCCAUACUCCAGGAGAUGACCUACCUCUGCAUAUCAGCAGCUGACCUGCCCACACAAAACCUAACUCAGCACUUUAAACAAAGUAUAAUGUUCAUGCACGAGUCCCGCCUGAAAGGAGAAGGCUGCCUUGUUCACUGUUUGGCAGGUGUGUCCCGCAGUGUCACCCUUGUGGUGGCUUACAUCAUGACGGUGACGGGACUGGGCUGGCAGGAGGCGCUGGCAGCAGUAAGGGUGGUCCGGCCCUGUGCUGGCCCCAACCUGGGCUUCCAACGCCAACUCCAGGAGUUUGAGGCUACUCAAGCUGACCAGUUCAGAGAAUGGCUACAGAAGGAAUAUAAAGACAACUCAUUCAAUGAUGAGGCUGAUCUACGUGACUUGCUUGCCAGGACGUCUAAAGUCAAUGGUGGGGGGGUGGAAAAACAGGCCGCUACCCCACCUGGAGGCAUCUGAUCGGAUCUUUUGAUGAAAUAUGUUGCCGCUCAGCCUGGAGGAUUACAGUGUUCAGGACCUGUCUGGAAGUCUAAUUUGCUUAUAAGUGGACUGUCAGGAUGUUUAUCACAGCUGGAGGGAUCCUCUAAAAUAUCAUGGACAUGAACCCUAAAAGAGACAAUUAACAUGUGACGCACGGAUACCGCUUUAUCUUUGGUUGAUGUUUAUGGUGCAGUUUAUUUUCCUUCUAAUUUAUGAAUGUUGUAUUUUGUACUGUGUCAUGAUGAUUUAAAAUUCCCAAAAUAAAAGGAUUAAAGUCAA